AUGUGGCUUAUUGCAGUUGAUUCGUACUCCAAAUUUCCUUUUGUCAGGCCAGUAUCUGUAGCUACCUCGGGAUCAACUAUAGCAGCUUUACAAAGUUUUUUCGCAAUUGAAGGUCUACCACGUACCAUUGUAACUGAUAAUGGUACACAAUUCACGUCAUCUGAAUUUAAAAGGUUUUGUGAAGUAAACGCUAUUGAGCAUCUGACAACAGCCCCGUUUCACCCGGCUUCGAAUGGAUUAGCUGAACGUUUUGUUCGAACUUUUAAGACAGCUAUUACUAAGAUAAGUAAGGAACAACCAAAUCAAGAACAGGCGUUGUACAAGUAUUUGGUAACAUAUAGAUCAACACCAAACCCACAUACUGGUAAAUCUCCAGCAGAAUUACUUCACGGUCGUCAGCCUCGUACAAUUUUAACCGCAAUGUUUCCUGUGAAGCACGAAUUAUCAAAAUUUUCUUCGAAGUUAUCUAUUGGUCAAAAGGUUUAUGUACGAAAUUUCUCUGGUAAAAAACGCUGGGUUGAAGGAGAAAUAAAAGCAACAAUGGGAAAUUUAAUGUUUACAGUAAAAACAGCGCAGGGCGAAGUCCGAAGGCAUCAAAAUCAAAUAAAAAGCAGAAUAGAAACGAGUGGAAACAAUAUAACUAAACAAUGUCAUGUAUCAAAAAAGACAGCUAAUGACGAUAUAGACAUAUUAAUUCCAGAUAACUAUUCUAAUAUGAAUCCAAGCGUAGAAACAAGUGAACGACACUCAACAGUUAUCGAACAAACCAACAUCGCAAGCAAUUGUGAGAGGUUAGAACCAGCUAAUCAAGCUUCAGGUCAAACCACAAUUGUGGAAGCUUCCCAAAAUAUGCAAUCCAACGGACAAGGAACUAGCGGAAAACAAAACUGUCAAAACAGCGAAAUGUCACGCCCCUGUGGAAAACGUCGGCAACAGUUUACCCCCAGAAGAUCGGAAAGAAUUCGGAAAAGAUUUAAAGGGAAAGCAAAUUAA